AUGGCGGCAGAUCAUGAACGUCAGUUACUGAGUUUAGCAAUACAUGAAUUUUACGAAAUCAUGUUUUCAUCUUCAUCGGAAGAAAGUGAGGACAAUGACGAAGAAAUGUUUCCAAAUUUAUUCAAGCAAAAAGAGCCAAUUCCACGGAUACCAAAUUACUUUGAGGUUAUCGUGCCUCAGUAUACAGCCGAACAGUUUAAAUCGCAUUUCAGUAUGCUGCUUGCUAGUCAUUUUUUGCCAUGCAUGAAGGCCUUUCGCUAUCAAAAUGCUAUGAACGGCAAAAAGUCCUUGCCUGGAAAUACAUGGCCCAAGUUGACACGAAAAAAGCCUGGUUGUCCGACGAUACCUCCUGAUAAACAACUCCUAAUUGCUAUUUGGAAAAUGGCAACUCCAGACUCAUACAGGUCAAUUUGUGUGAAAUUCAAUGUUGGACAAGCAACUGCACUGAAGUCCGUGAGAAGAGUGACUAAAGCCUUAACAGAUUUGUCUCCUGUUUUCAUUACCUGGCCUAAUGAAGGAAGAGCGAAUGAAAUAUCCAAUGGUUUUCAUGCCACCACUGGUUUCCCAAAAGUUGUUGGAGCAAUAGAUGGGUCACAUAUCAACAUUCCCGCCCCACGUAAUGAUUCAGAAUCUUAA